AUGUCUGAAAUGCGUUGCAUUCUUGCCGUUGGACUAACGGGACUGGGAAAAAGCUUUACAGCAACUGUUUUUGGAGCUGAAGAAGCAAAAGUCGGACAUACUAGCGAAUCAGAAACCCAAAUCGUUAAGGUUUUUAAUAUUAAAGACGGAAUCUACAUUGAUACACCUGGAUUCGACGAUUCUGAUGUGAAUAAACAUGACGAAGAAACUGCGCGCUCGAUUAUUCAUGUAAUGGUAGAAGCAAAAGUUUCUCAAAUAACAACGAUAUUGUGGUUUGUAACACCUCAAGUCAGAGCUAUAGCGUCGCUCCAGCGUCAAGCACGAUUUAUAGAAACUAUAGCGGAAAACUUUGACAAAAAUGUGUGGGAUAACACCAUUAUUAUUACUAAAGGACUACAAGUUGAAAAGGGCGCCCGUGAAGCGGCUAUGAAAGUAGCGCAAGAAAAACAUAAGACUUCUGUGGAUUUGCUUUCAGGCGUCGGCGAAUGUAAUAUACAAUUGUUCGAAAAAUUAGACGAAAGAAAUAAAACAGUAUAUGGCAAAUUUACUAGCGACCAAUUAAAAGAGCUAAGUGUUUUUAAAGAGACGGAACCAGAACAAAUCCGCCAAAUGUAUGAAUAUCUAAUGAUGGAUCAUAUCAAACAUCCUGUUCCUCUUAAGUUAUACCCAGUUAAAUGUUCGAAUUGUCUCGAAAUAGCCGAUCCAAGGUUUGCGGGUCCUCGUUGUCAUAAGAUUUAUAAUGUUCAUCCAGAUACAAGUUGGAGCCAUCGCGGACAAUUUAACCAUCAACAUGUGGCGGGAACGGUUAGCCGUCAUUCUAGCUAUUUUCAUAACGCCAGAACAGAAGAAGUGGCGGAUCACAGCGCUUGGGCAUGGACUGGUCGUGUCGUUACUUUAGGAAUAGUAGAUUUUAAUAGACUUAAUUUAGUACCUGGAUAUUGGGAUUGCUGUCGAAAUGGGGAUCCCAAUUCAACUGGAUGCGCAACAUAUUACGCUUGUUGCAAUAGAGACUCGUCAGCGAUGGGAUGCAUGAAAUAUUAUUCCGAAUGCAAGCAUUAUGAUAAUGUAGCCCCUUGCUACGAAACGUGUAAUAAAUGUAAAAGGGAAUCCAAAGAAUAUGGUUGCACUAGUAGAUGCAAAUAUUGUGAAACAUACGAUCCGAGUAAUGUAAAAGGAUGUCAGGAAGUGGGCCAUGGUGAUGUCGAACAUAACUUCUCGGAGAACGUUAGUUAA